AUGUUUAAUGAAUGUGCACCAAGUUUCAUACCUAACUUCCUUGAUGCGGCCAGUAAUGUGGUGAACUGGACGUGGAAUGCAAUCAAUAAAUCUUUACUUCAUGACAUGUCAUCAACAUAUCUUCAGUCAGUGGACAAGCUAGUGAAGAACAUCAAUGUCAACAUGAGUCAAGACGUCAGCAGUACAAAUUUACAAUUUAAAAGUUGCUUUGCUGAUAAAUGUCGCAUGUCCGUGUUUGAUGUUGUUGUGAAUCUGGAAAAGAAGACGGGAACACUUAAAACUGUUGCUGUGAAAAAGCUAAUGGAUAAAUUAAACAAUGGCUACAAUGACACAAAACCUACCAGCCUCUUACUAAUUGCCACAGUGCAGGACUGCAGUGAUUCCUCUUUAAAAAUUCGACUGGAUUACCCUGAUAUCCAGCAAACCCAAAGAAAACCUUUGUGCGUCUUCUGGAACACGACCAACAAAGACUGGUCCGAUGAAGGAUGCUCUCUCAGCACCAAUAACAAAAAAUACACAUGUGAGUGCAACCACCUGACUCCAUUCUCUGCGCUCCUAUCUAAGGGUGGAAUAUCUAAGCAUAAUACAGCCCUGGACAUGAUCACCAACGUGGGCCUGGCUGUGUCCAUCUUCUCCCUGAUGAUCUUCCUCACCACUGAAUGUCUCGUCUGGUCGGUUGUAGUCAAGAGCAACCUUGCGCAUUCCCGUCACACAGCUAUGGUGAACAUCACCACGUUCCUGCUGCUCUCUGACAUCUGUAUGUUGGCUUCUACAUCGCCUGACAAUAUCCCUGAAACCUGGUGUCUGAUUCUGACCAUAUGCAAACACCUGUUUUAUUUGGCCAUGUUUUGCUGGAUGCUGUGUCUGAGCGUCAUGCUCGUCCACCAGCUCAUCUUUGUCUUCAGCCCGCUGAGGAAAAGAGUUUUCAUGUUCAUUUCCAGCAUUGUGGGCUACGCUCUCCCAAUCCUAAUAGUGGGAUCCAGCUAUGUGUACUACGGAUACAACAAUAUUGAAUACUUCGAUAGGAAAACAUGCUGGCUAAUUUACGUGAGAUUCUUGGUGGGCUCAAUGCAUGCUUUCCUUCUUCCUGUGGGGACGAUCAUUUUCACUAAUCUUUUUUGCAUGACAGUCAUUAUUCUUAAAUUUGUGAAGUCCUCAGUCCCAGGUUGCAGCAAUGCAGAUGACAAAGUAACAGCCAAAGGUAUUGUCAAGGUACUGGCAGUUUUGAUGCCUGUCUUCGGAGUAACAUGGAUCAUUGGCUACAUUGGUCUGACAUUCCCUGAAGGAAAUGUCAUACGUGACGUUUUGGACUUUAGUUUUACCAUCCUUAAUUCGUUUCAGGUAAUUCAAAAGCAACCCACACAAUGAAUGUUCAUACAGUAAAAGAACUGCUCCAAAUACUGUAUGUACUUUACUGUAUAAUCUGAUUGCUUAUCUGAAACCAGUAAGCUUAUUUACCAUUUUCUUUCAGAAUAGGUUGCUUUAAAUCUUUAAUGUUUUAGGUAAUGUCUAUUUAAUGUUAUCUGAGCUAAUCUUGCUUUGAGGCUGAAAACUACAACUACUAAACUAGUACUACUUCAGUGUAUAGUGACACAGUAUAGCAGCAUAACUUUUUUUUUCUUUGCAGGGCAUUUUUAUCUUGCUAACAGGGUGUUUCACAGAACACAAGGUAGGUUUGUCAUAUUGCAGAAUGAAACCUUGUAACUCUAUGAAACCGUAUCAUCAGAGUACAUUGAUUUAUUAAAAAUAAGCAUAGGCCAAAAUAGAUUAGACUUACUGUAAGACGUAAUGAUGUAACAGACGUAUGCCUUUAUCCAUGGGUGGUAUAUGUCUUAUGACUGGGGAUGCCCAGAUAUGUUGCAAAUUAUUAUUAUUUAUUAUUAAUAUAAUAUUGUCUUUUUUAAUAAAAACAGAUUCGUGAGGAGCUUUAUAGGAGGAUAUGGGUAAGUUUACCUGUCAGCUGUGUUCAUAUUUAUACCUUACAGUAUGAUCCAAUGCUGUCAAUUCAGUCUGGCAUUUGAUUUCAAACAUAAACGUUGUAUUUACAUUUAAAAAGAAUAAAUCACACUGAAUCAAAGAAAGCUGA